UAAAAAUUGCACAAGCUAUUGCCCACCCAAAAAGAUACGCACAACCGUAGGGUGAGAAAAAAUUGUCAUGCCCCAGAAAAUUGCCCAACACCCCCUCCACCUCCCCCUCCCUCCUCGUCAAAAAAUAAUCGUCCGUCCCUUAGUGAGAAUCGUAGUCAAUUCGUGAAUCUCUAGAGUCACGUUUUUCCCGCUUCAUUCAUACAGGCGUGCCCGUGAAUACACUGGCACACUGCCUCACAUCACAACAAUUGUUCAUUUUAAUUCCGAGCAGGUCUAGCCAAUGAAAUUCCUUGCGCAAAGUGACAACGAAUAUACCACCCGCAACAAGCCAAAGAUGGUAGAAGAAAGUUGCGCUUGAUAGUUGCUUUCUAUAAAUAAAUAAUAGUGAUAGAUCUGUUUUUGUAAACAAUCCUACAAGAGCGUAAGAACAUUAAUGUCAAUUCGCAAAGAAAGUAUUUUCAUUUGGCUUACUGGACAAGUUUAAAGAAAAUGUUACUUGAAUUUUAUUCUUUUGUGACGAUUUGCUGAUGGAAAUCGCUCUCUGGAAGUCGUCUGCUCUGUGGAAAUCGUCUUUCUUUGGAAGUUGUUGGCUAAUUAAGCUGAAUGAUCACGGUUCGGGGUGUGUUUAAAACGCCCAGCAGAAGUAGUUAAAGGAGAAGCUUAUAUCAAGCGCGAGAGCUAAGAGGGGAGAAAAUUUGAAGGUUUUCAGAAGUUCUUCUAAAAGAAAUGGCGGCGAAAGGCAAUUGAAGCUUCAUCAGCUAGCUUGAUAGUUUUGUAUGACGAAAGCUCUGGUGCUAAGGAUAUCUAGUAAUGCUUUAGCUGUAGGAGAUUUUUGAAGAAGACGCAAACAAAACGAAUCACAAAGGAACGGCUAUAAAUAGUGUCUAACCCCCAUAUAGUGUUUGCCCUCGUACAGAGGAGCGUCUUGUAUACGUAUUGAGAUCGUUUGCAUAAAACUAUAUCAAGAAAUGUCUAAAACAGUUCGAUUUGCGGGCCAAACAACUGGAGAUUACGCCGAAGCUGUAGCAACUGAGAUACUGCAAGAAAGACAACAGCGCAAAUUCAGAAAUGAGAAAACUGGAAAAGGGAAAGGCAAAAAGCGAAGACGCAGAGGUCCUGAACCAGUAGCUGUAAAUAGUUCAAGAUUUGCUGGAGUAAACAAAGGGUUACUGGCCGAAUUCAUAAUUUUUUUACUGCUUCAAGGAUUUGACUUAUUUAGUAACAGUUGGGUCUUAAACGAGUCACUCGGAAUUCUUAGCAGAGUGGAAGAGUAUGAAAACUACCCCAAUGUUUCGGCCAUAAACAAUUCCGUUCCGAGUUUGUGCGUGAGGGUGCAGUGGUCCAAAGAGGAGAUUACCAAACAGGUGGAUCAUUUCUCGUCUGUGAUAUACGUUUACUGUUUCUUUCUCGCCCUUUCAUCGUGCAUCUUUACCUUACAUCUACUGGCUUGGUUAUACACGCUUCAGCUUUCACUCAGAAGUCGACGAUUUAACGCGAACACCCAAGAGGCUCUGAUCAAAAUGAAGGUGUACUUUCUUAUCGCUGCCAGUAUCCUGCAGGACAUUCCACUGUCUGCGAUCUCUGCAGAACUCUUCUCUUUGCAACAAGGCCAGGAGGGCUUGGUGUGUUGGUAUUGUAAAGUGUCCGGUCUUUGCAAGGAACAGGAACAGCUUGCAAGUAGGUUAAGUCGAAGCACAACCGCUGUGUGGCUGAAUUUCGCUGCUAUCGGUCUCACGUCCCUUUGGAAAGGCAUCUCGAGCUUUUACAGGUGGAGUCGAGUUGACGCUUGUGAAGCGUUCUAUUUCAGAGCAUGUACAGCGGUGUUUGCUGGCUUUCUGUACUCCAUCGUCAUACUGACCCCCGCCAUGACAGUGCUGAGGUACCGUUACUUCGUGAGGCCGGGUGUAACUGGUGGAUUGCUGAAAGACGCCAUUGAUCGAGUUUACGUCAUCGGUGCCAUAUUCUGGGUUUUGGUUCUCCUGGUCAUCUUUUGUUGUCCCUUGUUGAAUCUUAUCAGAGUAGCCCAGUAACUAUGGAGGCAUAUCCACGACAAAAUUCAAUUCUCGGACAUCGAUCCAAGCGAAAUGGCAUCAAGCUAAUUCUGCGAACAGUCAUAACGCAGAUAGGCAUAACGCUAAGAGUCAUAACGCAGAAAGGCAUAGCGCGAAUAGGCAUAACGAAAAAAGGCAUAACGCGAAAAGGCAAAAGGCAAAGACGCAUAACCUAAGUAGGCAUAACACAAAAGCCAUAACGCAAAGAGACAAAGUUAGUAGUCAUAACGCAAGUAGGUAUAACGCAAGUAAGCAUAGAUUACCUCUAUAAAUAACAAGCAACAGAGGUUUAAAGUUUUCAGGUUACAGUACACAAGAAAUGAUUAUUCGCGAAAUCUGUCUAAGUGAAACAAAAUAAAUAAAUUAUUGAUUAAUGAAUAGGAAUUUCCAGUGGCACAUCCUAGGGAGAGGCCACUCACCCACUGUUUCCAGAUCGCAUUGGAAUUUAGAAGUGUUGGUUCACGUUUCCGUUAAUUAUUGAUUAUUUUGAAAUAGAAACUACCCUCCAUGCAUUUUUAGAAUCUGAUUGGCUCUCUCAUCGUUUUCUCUUUAAUAAAUAGAUUCCAUGUUACUGUGC